ACAUGUGAAUGUCCCUGGUCGAUCCAAAAGCAAGAUUCUGCUACCCUCUGCAAGCACCCAACCUCGGAUCAACGAAAUCAAAAACGUUGACAGCAUUACGUCCACCUUUCAUUUAACUGCCGAUCGAGUAGCGAAAAAUGAUCCAACGUCCUUUAUAUGGACUGAAGGAAUGACACUAAUAGUGCCAAGACCGGAAGAAGAAAAUCGUUUAUUCGCUUUCAUCGGUCCAUUUCAACCUAUGGUUUGGUUGCUGAUUUUCAUCAGCCUUUUCCCUGUCAUUGGUGCGAUGACUUUUUUUACGUGGCUCUACCAACAUCUUCAUUGGACUAACGAUGCCACCAGGGGCAACAAUUCCAUUCGAUGGUUUACUACUAUCUCUAGUUCCCACAUGAUUUACGUGAUUAACACCCUGACGAAUCAAGGGGUUAGAGAAGCAUUUAAUCGCACCUCAUUUCGAAUCCUAACUGGAAUUUGGGUUUUGUGCGCUAUGGUUUUGGUCAAUUGUUACACUGGAAUUGUCACAUCCUCACUCACAACGCCAAAGAUGAAACCGACCAUAAACUCAUUUGAAGACUUGGCCGCAAGCAAAGAAGUUGGUAUAGUUCUGCGAAGUGAUACGACGAUCGGAAAUCAGAUCCUGAAGGCGACAUCCGGUAUUUAUAAGGUUCUUGGAGAUGAAGCCCGACGUAAUCCUAAUCAAAUAGUUGACAAUCCUUUCAAGUUGACCGCAACACUGGAAACUGGACGCUACGCUUAUCCUUAUCUGCACUCUUUAUGCUAUGCCUUUGUCUGUUCUCAAUAUGAGAAAGAUGGGAAGUGUCGGUUUAAAUUAUCGAAACUUUUGCCCGUUUCCAUUGGAUUUACGUCUUUGUUUUUCAAAAAAGGAAGUUUGUUUACUAAAGAUAUGGACAAAGGACUUAUGGAACUGUGGGAGAGUGGACUUGUCCGUUCAUGGAUUAAUAACAUUCAUUCUACUCCCAAGGCGCAACAAUGUUUUGCAGACACUAAACGUGGAGUCACCCGCGUAGUCCCCAUUCGAUUGUCGGACUUAAUUAGCGCUUUCUUUAUCCUUGCUAUCGGUAUUGGAUUGGCGACACUGAGUUUCUUACUGAAAAUAAUCCUAUCAAAAUUACGUCGAGAGAGACUUUAGUUAAUUUAAGCAUUUAUUGCAGCAGGUAUGUGCUGCACUACAUCAAUAGAGCACGUUGUGUAUACAUGUAGUUUCUAAUAAUAGUCUUUUCGUCUAAUAAUAUCCUCUUUUAUAUAUUUAUACGUAUAUACGUCUUAAAUAACCUUUACCGAAUUUUAAUCCGUUUUUACAUCUCCUCCUGGGGUAUGCGAACGUUUUUAGCUUAGUCUUGUAACUCCUGAUACGAAUUAACUAGCAGUUGAUUUACUAGAAUACACAUUUGUUUAAAAGUU